UUCGUCUACCAUUUGCUGUGUUUGCUACCGAAUCGUUUGGGUGUUAUAUUUAAUCUUUAACUGAAUUCGCAUCAGUCGCAUCGAAGUAAAACUGAAUAAUGCAUAUCUUAGAUCUACCAGAUACGGUGCUAAUGGACAUUUUCGAGUUACUCUCAUACGAUGAGGUAGCCAAAAAGCGCGAGGUUUGCACUCGCUUCAACUAUAUUUGCCAACAGGUAUUGAACACAGGAUUUAAUAGAGUUGUGAAGGAGCAUGCCAAGAAUUUCAAAAGGAUUAAAUCACUACUACCACGUCGCGAGUCAGAGCGUCGCAACCAUAUGCUGGCACGUCACUCGGAUAUCCUGACUUCCAUCGAGACACGUAUUUCAAUGCUCACAAUGACGUACUCCAAGUUUAUCGAUUUGAAGAUAUGCUGCUUUAUACCCGGUCGCGUCCUGGAUGAAAUUAAUAAUAUAUUGAAACUGUUGGGAGGCACAACCAAGCCGUUGCGUCCGCAUGAAGUGCUACAGGAAUUGCGCGACAUCUCCUCAAUGGCAAUUGAGCACUUCGAUGAGAAAAUUGCUAUAAACUUUAAGACAGCCUUGAAAAUGAACGAGUCCUCCAACGCGCGCGUUGUUGUCUGCGGCUCCCUGGGUGACAUCAGCUUCAAUGGCGUCAAGGUCAGUGCUUUAAAGAAGAUUCACCAGCAGCAACCGAUGAUCCAGCAGCCACUGGCGCACCGGGAACCGUUGCUUCCGCCAGCCCGAUGUCACAAUAUGCAUUGUAUGAACGACAAAAAUAAUGCAUUGCUGCAAGCAUUGCAAUUGGCCAAAUCACUGCCCACCACCGAUAAUGUUAAAAAUGCCACUGAAUGUCAUUGCAAAUAUAACUAUCAAGCGAAACAGCUGCAGCGCCAAUUGCAAACGCAAAAGAUGCUGACGAUGAAAGUGCGCCUUCUAGAAAAUUCACGAAGACAACAGGACCGACGCCUGCAGGAGGCGAUGGGCAGCAUUACAGAACUGGCAACCCAAGUGUUCGAACUCAAACGUCAACUCGAGGAUGUCAUGGCCAAAGGCAAGCCCAUGGAGACCCAACCAAAUGUUGCAAGUGGCGCUCUAAAGCGCUCAGCAAAGACUACGGAUUGUUUGAAGCCAACCAAAAAACCGAAGGCUUAGUGCUGCCUUAUGUAGGCUGUAUAGAUCGUACUUAAGAUGUGGCCGUAGGUUAAGCACUGUACUUUCGAAUACUAUAUACAUGAAUAUAAAUGGAU